AUGCCGAACUCCAACAAUAAGAAACAGAAAAACCGUCCAUACCAGUCAUCUGGUGAUGGACGGCUAUUUUCCAUGUGGUCGACAACUUCGGAUGGUUCCAAGCCAACGUACCAUGCUGGUGAUAGCGGGUACCUGAGCGCUGCAACAGAUGAAUCUUUUAAAACGUUAGGGUCGGGUCCCAUGGGAUCUGAAGAAACCGAUAAUAAGGCGGAAUCUCCAGCCGAAACACCAGGAGGAAAACGUGAGAGUGAUGAUGAUAACAGCGAUGACAACAAGACAAUGGCAGUUUUCACGUGGAAAUAUGGCGGAGAAUCGGUAUAUCUACUCUGUAAUGAGGACGGUGAAGAAAAACGUAUCCCAAUGAGGAGAAAUGGAAAAAGUUUCAUGCUCGUGCGAUAUAUACCAAAAGAAUUGUAUUAUUACAAAUAUAUAGUAGACGGAAUAGAAAAAUGCUCACCAGAUAUGCCUAUAGUUAACGGACCUGAAGGAGAUAUGAACGUAAUGGAUUGUUAUAAUGGGCCUAUCGAGAGCAUAUUGGCUCUUGAAGAACAAAACAUUUGUGAUAGGGUAUACACGCAAACCAUGCCAGAUUCGGCGUACAUGUCACAAGAAUCGCUAGUUAUACCUGAUGCAAUGCUAUACAGGGCACCGGAUUUUUCAAACGGAGAUCGUGUGGGUAACGACAUCCACAUUAUGGCGAACCAUAUUUACGAAGAUUUGAAAUAUAGAGAUAUUUUUGGCCCCAAGUAUAGCAGCUAUAUCACUAUAUAUUGUUGGGAGAUGAAAACUACGGACAUUUCUCUAGCGCGAAAGUAG